GCAUGCGCAAUUUGGUUUAUUUGGAUACAGAACCGGAAGCUCUACUCAGAGGAUAGACCGAUCGGGAGCGGACUUGGUGAGAUGGAGAGGUGAGGUGUCCCGGGAUCCACAGCCAUGACGGAGUGCUUCCUGCCCCCCACCAGCAGCCCGGCCGAACAGAGGCGGGCGGAGCACCCGGGGGGAGUGGCACGCACCCCCAGCUCAGAGGAGAUCAGUCCCACUAAGUUCCCAGGACUGUACCGGACAGGAGAGCCCUCCCCUCCUCACGAUGGACAUCACCAUGAACCCCCCGAUGUCUAUGUGUCUGACGAUGACAAGGAGCACAACAAGAAAAAGAACAAGUUUAAAAAGAAGGAGAAGAGAACGGAGGGGUACGCCGCCUUCCAGGAGGACAGCUCAGCAGAUGAAGCAGAGAGCCCAUCCAAAAUGAAGCGCUCCAAGGGCAUCCAUGUGUUUAAGAAACCAAGCUUCUCCAAGAAAAAGGAGAAGGACUUUAAGGUGAAGGAGAAAGUUCCCAAAGAGGACAAGUCCAAAGAUAAGAAGUCUAAGGACCUCACUGCGGCAGAUGUGGUCAAACAGUGGAAGGACAAGAAGAAGAAGAAGAAGCCCGGUGUGGAGGCGGAGCCAAUACAGGUGGAGGCUCCCAAGGUACGGCCGGUGUUUGGGGCUCCACUGUCUGAAGCUGUGAAGAGAACUGCGCUGUAUGAUGGGAUCCAACUGCCCGGUGUCUUCAGGGAGUGUGUCGACUACAUCGAGAACUACGGCAUGAAGUGUGAGGGCAUCUACAGGGUCUCAGGAAUGAAGUCUAAAGUUGAUGAGCUCAAAGCAGCGUACGACCGUGAGGAGUGCCCGUGUUUGGAGGAGUAUGAACCGCACACUGUGGCCUCUCUCCUGAAACAGUACCUCCGUGAGCUCCCUGAGAACCUGCUGGGCCGCGAGCUGAGCCAACGUUUUGAAGAUGCGUGUGGGCGCCCCCUGGAGACAGAGAAAGUGGCGGAGUUUCAGAGGCUGCUGUUGGAGGUGUGUCCUGAGAGCCGUCUUCUGCUGUCCUGGCUCAUCACACACAUGGACCAUGUGAUCGCCCGAGAAGCAGACACCAAAAUGAACAUCCAGAACAUCUCCAUCGUGCUCAACCCUACCAUACAGAUUGGGAACCGUGUUUUGUACCUGUUCUUCACUCAUGUUCGGGAGCUGUUUGGAGAUGUGGAGCUGAAGCCAGUGGUGCGUCCUCUCAGAUGGUCAAGCGUGGCCACGAUGCCAGUGCUGCCCGAGACUCAGGAGAGCAUUAAGGAGGAGAUCCGCAGACAGGAAUUUUUGAUAAAUCGGCUGCACAGGGACCUUCAGGCCGGAGUGAAGGACCUGUCCAAAGAGGAGCGACUCUGGGAGGUGCAGAGGAUUCUAACAGCUCUGAAACGAAAACUCAGAGAAGCCAAGAGACAGGAGUGUGAAACUAAGAUCGCCCAAGAAAUAGCCAGUUUAUCAAAGGAGGAUGUGUCAAAAGAAGAGAUGACCGAGAAUGAAGAAGAAGUAAUCAAUCUGCUCUUAAAACAGGAGAAUGAAAUCCUGACGGAGCAGGAGGAGCUGAUUUCUCUGGAGCAGGUUUUGAGGCGACAGAUCGCGACAGAAAAAGAAGAGAUCGAACGGCUCCGAGCAGAGAUUGCAGACAUCCAGAGUCGCCAACAGGGGAGGAGUGAGACGGAGGAGUAUUCAUCGGACAGUGAGAGUGAGAGUGAAGAUGAGGAAGAGCUGCAGAUGAUUCUGGAGGAUCUGCAGAAGCAAAAUGAAGAACUGGAGAACAAAAACACUCACCUAAACCAGGCCAUUCACGAGGAGCAGGAGGCCAUCUUGGAGCUCCGCGUCCAGUUACGUCUCCUGCAAAGCCACAAACAACAACAGGAACUCACUGUCCAAGCCUCUACUGAACAAGCCCCCCCUGCCCAGCCCAGCCCAGAGGCACGGCCGGAGGAGCAAAACAAACGCCCCUCGUCCAAUACCGCUCCUCCUGCUACUGCUACUGCUCCUACCACUACUACUGUUACUGCUGUGGCUAGCGUAGAUGCUAACACUUCUGCUAAUGGGAAACAAGCUAAAGAUCCACCCAAACCAUCCCCAAGCAAAGACAAAAGAGACACCAAUAUGUGAAAUAUUGAUUCAAAAUUAUGUGCUAAAAUGUUACUUUACUGUCAUUGAUUUAAUCGUCAAAAUAGGAGAUUUGAUCUGGUUAAUGGUUAAAGAGGGGGUAUUAUGCUAAACAGAUUUUUUUAAGCUUUCUACCAUGUUAUAAUGUUGUUUCCUCAUCAAAAACAUGCCUCAAGAGGUUUUAGAUCCAUGCACGUGUCAGUAUUUUAGGGACAACAAUUCUCCAUAAAUAUACAAAAACAUGAUGCAAAACUACACAGCAACUUGACAAAUAGUUUGCUUGCAAUAGUUUAGCAGGUUGCACGCUGAUUGUGUUGUGAUAGCGCUGUGAAGGUUGACUUAACGCGCGAAGCAGAGGAAGGAGAGACUCAGACCACCAAAAACUAAAAAACUUAUAAAACAUGUAGUUAUUUUCUGCGAAUAUAGCAUUUUAAGCAAUAAAAGGCAACGUGCUGAUCUAAAUAUGUUAUGUGUUAGCAGUUAAUACCCCAUAGACAUGUAAUAUUCCCUCUUUUAAUAUCCCUGCAAUUGGCCUAUUAAGAUGAAACACAAACUGACACAAGUUUAAUGUCUUCUCUGUCAGCAAAAAUGAAAAACUAAAGAGAAAUAUUUUUACUAUAGUAUUAAAAACUGGUGGCAUAAUAGAGACAUGCUUGUUGCCUGUUGAAAAGACUUAAAUAUAGAAUUACUUUGGUAAAUUUGUGAACUGUAUCCCUAUAUAAUGAUAUGAUUCAAAACGUAGAUUUUCUGUUUAAAGACAGCAACCUAAUGCAACCUAUUAAACCUUUCUGCAGAGAGGAGAGUACCACAUUUCCUGAUAUUUUGCCUUCUCAGCACACAGUUUGGUUUUCCUGACUUUAACCCAAACAAAAUAGUACAUUGUAGCUUUGUUUAACUUGCUAUUGUCAUUGGGACCAAACUUUUAAGCGUGCCAAGCCUUUAGUAAAUAAACAUUAAAUCCUAGAUAUAGUAUUAUAAUUUAAAUGGUAUACUCAUUUUCCAAAUCGAUUUUAAAUUCAAGUCAUUUUUUAUAUUAAGUAAUAUAAGUUUAGACAAAGACCACUGUGCCAUUAUUACUUUUGCCCAAAGAACCACUAAUACUCUUAAAUAUUGUAAAAUGUAUAACUAGUCAAAUUAUAUAUAUUAUGAAGGAAUUAUACCAGAAAUUGUUAAAGGGCCCAUAUUGUGCUAUUUUCUGAUCUGUGUUAUUAUGUUGUUUCCUCAUCAAGAACAUACCCGGAGAUGUGUUUUGUUUCAUUCACAUGUUUAAGACCUUGCAUAUUCAGGGCUCUUCUCUUAAACAGAAAACACUCUGUUCCACCUUGUGAUGUCAUGUGAUAAUACAGGAAGUGCUCCACUGUGUUUUUAAAAUCCAUACAACUUUGGUAGAAUCAUUUGGAUAAUUUCAACCCUGGAAUUACUACUACAACAAAAAGGUAAAAACUAUUGUUUUGUGACAUCACAAGGUGGGACAGAGCAUUUUGAGCUUUGGAGAUAUAGAUUGACUAAUAAUGCAGGAUUACUCAAACGUGUGAAUGAGACAAAACACAACUUCGGUGAUGUUUUUGAGGAAGUAACAACAUUAUAACAUGGCUAAAAGGUCACAUGAGUCAAUCAUGCAUAAUAUAGGACCUUUAAAAUUUCUUUUUAGUAAUAUAUACAACACCUUUAAGUUUAAAUAUAUCCUUAGAUGCUUUGUCUAAUUAAAAGAAUAGCCCAUAGUAUUUUUGCUGUGUUGUUUCUGUUUGCUCCUCCAAAUUGGUAUUGAAAAUGUCUUAAUCCUACAGUACUAUAAACAGUUUAUUCUUAUUGUAAAUACAAUUUCAUUCACAAAAUUCUGCUAAAAACUAAAUCAUACGUUCGAGUUGUGAAUUUUGCACAUUAUAAACCUUUAGUGCAAUCAUAAUAUCUGCUUAUUGCUAUUGCACAAAAAAGUCAAACACAAUUAAAAUCAACAAAUAUGACAAAAAUUGUGAAAGAUGAACUUCUUUAGCUGUUAGUCAAAACCCACCAGACUUGUAAAAUUGCCAUUGUCAUUUCAAUUCACUGCUGAUCUUUGAGUCUCAUUGUUCGACUAUUUAAAGCAAAUAUAAAUAGCUUAAUUACUGUUAUCUGUAGAAAGUUGUACAAUUGCAAACAUACUGCAUUUUCCACCCUAUGUUUUGUCAUGUGAUUUAUUUU